UGAUCUUAUUUGUGACCUGAUUUAGUCCCAUUUCUUUUUUAUUUUUUACCCAUUUGAUCUUUCCGUCAACUAAUAGUUAAAGCCCAGACUAAAAACCCUAAUGCCUCUUUAGAGAAAUUGAUCCUCCUCCUCAAAUCGUCAUCUUCGGCGCUGCCUCUUACCAUCCAAGAUCUGCUCACGCCUCCAUUCAAUUCAUCAUCUCAAUCUAGCAAUCCUCCUCCACACUCCUCCACAAGCCCAAGGUAAGACUUUUAUUCUCUACUCGUUUGUUUUCAAUUUGAUUUUUCAAUCUUUAGGAUUUAUAUUCAUGAGAAACUUGAAAAUUUCACGAGAAUGAGAAUUGGAAAAACUGAAAGCAGCAAAUGAGUGACUUUUAUGUUUAUGUUAGUUUUUUUGUUUGUUUAUUUAUUUAUUUUUUUAUGAAUGACUUUUCAAUAUCUCAUUCUUCAAUAUCUCAAUCCAGCAAAUGAGUUAUUUAUUUAUUUUUAUGCUAGCAAUGAUAUAGACUCUAUGAAAGGAAAAAUGGUUGUCUGUGAGGAUGAAAGUGAAGCGGAUAUUUGUGCAGACAGUGAUGGUUUAAACAGUCUUCAUGAUUCUGAUGAGGAUGAAGUUACAAAUUAUCCAUUGUUUGAUCCAAAGAAGGAUUUUGAAAACCUAGAGUUGAAGCUUGGUUUAGUUUUUAACUCAAAAAAAGAAGCAAAAUUCACAAUUGAAAGUCAUUGCAUUAGACAAGGAAGACCUGUGAAGUUUGUAAAAAAUGAUAAUAUCCAGCUUUGGGCUAAGUGCAAUGAUGAUAAUUGCUGUUGGAUGAUCCAUGUUGCGAAGAUGACUAAUGAUAACUGUUGGCAAGUAAGAAAUUUUGAUGGAUGUCACAGUCAUUGUGUUCGGGAUUUUAAAAACAAGUGUGUCAACUCAACAUGGUUGGGAAAAACUUUUGCUAAAAAAUUCAGCACAAAUCCUAAAUUGGGACACUUGGAGUUUAGGGAAGAGAUUUCUACCAUCCUGCAAUCAGAUUUUUCGAGGAAGACUGCCUACAUGGCUAAGAGAAAGGCGCUGAAAUUGGUGCAAGGUUCUGUCGAGGAGCAAUUUCAGCAAAUAAGGAAGUAUUGUGUUGAAUUGAAAAGAUCUGACGUUGGGGCUACUAUAGUUUUGAAGUUGACGGAGGAUGAUGAAGGUCCAAGGUUUCAGAGAUUAUAUGUUUGUUUUUCAGCGUGUAAGCAAGGAUUUAAGAAUGCUUGUCGGCGUAUCAUUGGUGUUGAUGGAUGCUUCUUAAAGGUAGAACAUGGUGGGCAAUUGUUAUCGGCCGUGGGGCUAGAUCCAAAUAAUAAUAUAUUUCCAAUAUGUUACGCAAUGGUUGAGCGUGAAACAAAAGAUAGUUGGACAUGGUUUCUUCGCCUCUUAGAUGAAGACAUUGGUAUUAGCAAUGAUCCACAUACCUGGGCAUUUAUGUCAGAUAAGCAAAAAGGUUUGAUUCCUGCACUUGAAUCAUUGUUUCCUGAUGUUGAACAUAGAUUUUGUGUGAGACAUUUAGAGAGCAAUAUGAAACGUGAUGGAUUCAAGAGUGUAGCGAUUAAGAUCGCCUUUUGGGCUGCGGCAAAGGCAACAAGAAUUGAAGAGUUUCAAGUGCACAUGGCUGAGUUAAAAGACAUUGAUGCAAAAGCAUAUGGAUGGUUGGUGAACAAACCUGAAAGCCAGUGGUGUAAGGCAUAUUUCAGCACCACUUCUAAAUCAGACAUCUUGUUGAACAACAUGUGCGAAAGUUUUAACAGCUUUAUAUUAGAUGCUAGGGAGAAGCCAAUAAUUGAGAUGUUUGAGAUAAUACGAAAUCUUUUGAUGGGCAGAUUUCAAAAAAAUAGAGAGAGGGCUGAGAAAUGGAAAGGUCGAAUUUGUUCAAAGAUCAGAGAUGUGCUAGAAAAGAUCUAUGUGGAGGCUAUUAGGUAUUCCCCCAUGAAAUCAGAUGAAAUGCACUACCAGAUAACAAGGUCAGAUGAUAGACGUGAUCAACAUUCGGUUGAUCUGUUGAGUAGGUCUUGUAGUUGUAGGAAAUAUGAUUUGACAGGCAUUCCUUGCAAGCACGUUGUAUGCGCCAUUUGGUGCAAAAAAGAUGAUCCAGAGGCAUAUGUCCAUCCUUAUUACUUGGUAGAGACAUAUAAAAGAUGUUAUGCAGCACGAAUAAUGCCUAUCAAUGGACCAGACUUGUGGCCUCAAUGUGAUUUGACGCCCCCACUACCCCCAGUAUACAAAGAAAAAGUUGGACGACCUGCAAAAUUGCGAAGAAGGGAACCAGAUGAACCACCCCCUUCUGAAAAUAAGUUGAGAGGUGUAAAAAAAUUUACAAAAUGCAAAUUAUGCGGUGGAUCAGGACACAACAAAAGGACUUGUAACCGGACUGAAAAUGUCCAACACCAAGAAGCUGUACAACAAGAGCCCAUGACACAACAAAGUGCUAUUUUACCAAAUAAUAAUUUGGAUCCAACUAGAAAAGAAAAACUACAGGUGAAAAGAGCACGGCAAGUUGGAGUUAAUAUUGAAGGGAAUUCAGGUUCAAUAUCUUUGAUAAAUGUUAACCAAUCAUUGAAUAUUCAUACACCUGCUUUUUUUAAAGACAGUGUCAGCUUUACAACAGUCUCACGAUUGCAAGCUUCUGCUGGUGUUCGAGGUAGAGUUGAACAGUCAUCGUCUUUGCCAGCAAAUCCCAUGGUCAAGUCUAAUUCUUCUCAGGAAUCUUUUAAGAAGAAGUGAUUUUGUUGGAAGUGAUAUUCCAUCAAGAAGAUGUGAUUUUGUUAUGUAUCCAGUUUCAAUUUUCAUAUUAGUUUAUGUUAGUUUUUUUGGAGGUUUCAGUGGAAUUGUGCCUACUUGGAAAAACAAGUGUGAGAACUAAGCUUGAUGUGUUUUGUGGGAGGAUUAAAAUUCGAUACUUCAUGUAUUUUCU